AUGGAACCUUUUCAUUUUGAUUACUGGAUGCUCUCGUUGGUGUGGUGGAUGCCGGUGGUGGACCCAAGUUACCCAACAGCGAUUAUGUUGGGUUCGUAUAAUUGGCGUUCCAUUACACUUCUGGCCGAUGAAACUUUCCGAUGUAUUGGGAAAGCCCUUGGGGAUGUCAAAGCGGUCAACCUAGAUGAUGGAAAGAUUCAAGUGGUUAUUCAUGGACAGAAACCAUUGUGCUUUGAAACUGUCGUGGAGUUCCAUGGUGGGGAGGAAACGGUCGUGUACUUACGCUAUGAGAGGCUGUUCGGUUACUGCCGCAUCUGCUUUAGCUUAUGUCACGACCACCAGCGGUGUCCGACUCGGUCAGGUGGGGCAGAUCGUACGAUAAAGGAGGAUAACGGUGAGGACCAAGGAAAAAAUCAAGGAGCUGCGUCUUAUAGAGCUGCGAUGUUGCAUGGGAAUGCCGGAAACAAAGGAAAGGGGAAUAAAUGCAGGUUUUGGUGGAUCACAAAAUGGUUCAUAAAAGGGAAAAUACAAGGUUUUUGA